ACACAAGAAAUGUAUUAUGCAGUGUAAUUCUGCAUUUUUCUUUUGCAUCUUGUACAUUGUACUUUUUGUAACAUCUAUGCUCCCCCCCCCCCUCUUCAAUAUUAAAUUCAAAUAAAGUUUAUUGCGGAGAUAGCAUCACAUUAUAUUGGUUUAAUUAAAGAAUAUGUGAAAUCACGAUAAAACCUCAACUACCACAACAAAGUCAAGAUAAAAAGCAAAAUGGUUUUUAUUUUAAAACGAGGCGACAGAGGGCAGCCCGUUGACAACGAGUCAUGAUGGCGUCCAGCGGGGAAGAUAGAUUUGAUAGCAUGUUGCUUGCUAUGGCACAGCAGCACGAGGGGGGAGUUCCUGAUCUCCUCAACACCAUCUUCAGUUUCCUAGGGCGUAAAACAGAUUUCUUCUAUGGAGGAGGAGGGAGUGCAGCGGAAAAGUUACUCUUGGAAAAGUUCAGACGCCAUGAGAAGCUAGCACUGGAAAGGAGAGUGCAGGAGCAACAGGAGAAGGCAGCAAAACUUAAGGCAAGGGAAGAAGCACUUGCAAAGAAGAAACAACAGCAGCAGCAACAACAAGAGGAAGAGCCAAAAAUCAAGGAGUUGACAGAGGAGGAGGCGAUGCAACUACAGAAGGAGAUCGACGUCGAAAAGAAAAAAGCAGAUGGGGAGAUGCCAGCAGAAGGUGCUGGUGACAGAAUCAGUGUCAGUGAGGAGAAGCCAGAGGAGGCAAAGUCUGCAGACAGUGAUGAGGAGGAAGACGAGAAGGACCGCGGCAAGAUGAAGCCAAACUCAGGAAAUGGAGCUGAUCUGCCCAACUACAAGUGGACUCAGACGCUGUGUGACCUCGAGCUUAAAGUACCCUUCAACGUCAACUUUCCCAUUCGAGCAAAAGACCUGGUCAUUGAUAUUCAAAAGCGACAUCUUAAGGUUAUGCUUAAAGGUCAUCCUCCCGUCAUUGAUGGAGAGCUGUACAACAAUCUUAGGGUGGAAGAAUGCAUGUGGAACAUAGAGGACAAGAAAGCUGUUGUGGUCAAUAUGGAGAAGAUAAACAAGAUGGAGUGGUGGAAUCGACUGGUGACAACUGACCCUGAAUUAAACACAAAGAAGGUGCAGCCGGAAAACUCUAAGUUGUCGGACCUGGAUGGUGAGACGCGUAGCAUGGUGGAGAAGAUGAUGUACGACCAGCGGCAGAAAGAACUCGGUCUUCCUAAUUCCGAGGAGAAGAAAAAGCAGGACAUCAUGCAAAAGUUUAUGCAGCAACAUCCUGAGAUGGACUUCUCUAAGGCAAAGUUUUCAUGAUUUUUAAGCAAUAGGUGGCAGCACCAUUGCCUCGAUCGCAUCUACCUUGACGUUCCAGAAGUUUCUUUUGUAAUGUAGCAGAAAUCGGUAAAUACGUAUUGUCUGCUUACUGUCAUACACAUUAUUUCUUGUCAAUGUUAUAGUCAUGUUUUUAUGAUUGAGAAAUAGUAUUGUAAGUGAAGUGAAAGCCUUCGAAGUUGCAUGCGUACAGACCAACUUGUACACUGCAGUCUGAAAUUAUUCGGUACAAGUUUGCACUGUUUAGGUUAUUUUAAAGUGACUAUCUCAACUUUUAUGAUACUAGUAUUUUUUCACAAAUUAUACACUAUGAAAGUAAUGAUUAUGAAUUACAUGAUUUUGUUCAAUCUUCGUUAAGUUGUGGUAUUAUAUCUGUUUGACUGUAUCAUUUGAUGUGAUCAAACAGUCGCGACUCUAUACAUUUUGCUAAAUGAGCAAUUUUGGUGCAAGUUUAAGAUUUUAAACUCCUCUAAACGCAACGUUAUCCAGUGAGGGUUCAGGAAUAAUACUUUGUGAUGUUUGGUGUUACAUUUGAACCUAAAUAACAUUUUUUGUAGAUUUGCUCAUAAAAAUGUGACAGUCUUUUGAAGACAGCUUGGGCACUAUUGUGUGUGAACGCAAGAAUCGCAAGUGCCACGAGUAACUCUCUCAGACACUGCAUGUUAUCGAUUCACGAAGGCUUGUUUGAUUGGGACUACGAUUCUUGUCUUACAUUCUAUAUUUUGGCCAUGUCAGCAGAAGUGUAAUCUUUGGUCUAUGCUUUCUUUAAUAUAAUACAAUGUUGCUCUUAUAA